UCAUCAUCAAGGAAAUGCAUUUUAAGUCAGCUCAAACUACUGCUUCGAUUUUCCAUUUCCAGGAGACUGUGUUGAAAGUCACUGGUUUUAUGCCAAUGGACAGCAACUGCUCAGUGGUCAAGAAAAUUGCCGCAUCUGCCUUUCAUUGCAUUGGUGUAUCCAUCUUACUGGGCACACUGUUUUCCGUGACCUUGUACAUUGCGACUGUGUUUUGGGGUCUCUUUGGGCCGGGCGCCGUGGCCAGCACCAUUGGCAACCCGCUAAUUGAAUGGCUCACGUAUAUUCCUUAUUGUUUUACAAAUUUGCGCGGCUUCAUCGUGUGUUCUUUGUUCUGGUUCCAUGGAAAACACUGGAGUCACAUAAAGCACCGCGCCGACGAAUUGAUCCAUGCCACGUUUGCUGGCCCUCAUAAACGGGCGGUGCUGGUCAGGAAAUGGAAAAACACUGCGGUAGUAGUCGGUUUCAUCAGUAUCCUGUUAGUCUGCAUGUGGGAGACCAACAGUUGGAUCCACUAUCAAGAUCAAGAUCCACAGCGGUACAAUCUGCAAUUCAACGACGCGGUCGCGCCGCUUCCAAUGAAAAUGACCGUGUGGCAGUAUGUGAUCACGUGGACACUGUGGUCCACGCUGCCGUUCUGUCUGUCGCAGCAAAUCUUCAUCACCGUCAUCAUGCUGGCCUGGAUACUGAAUGGCUGCAUUAACAAACUCAACGCGGCUAUUCUGGAAGAGCGAGCGUAUUUUCGCGGUGUCGUCAGCAGUCAUUCGGAUCAGCUAUGGUCAGAUAGUAAAGCGUUGUUGGUAUUGGCUGAAAAGAUGCACGUGCGGAUAACCGCCUUGCGACAUCGCCGACUAAAAAUGGUGACAUUUUGCGAGGAAGUCACUAAAACGUACGGACUCAUUUUAUUUGCGAUAUAUGGUUUGGACGUCUUCACGGUGUGCGGUUUUGUGGCGGCUAUUGUAGCCGACACGGAAAAGUUUCUGACCGCAUACACGCUGAAUUUUCUGAGCUUGGCCUUGUAUGGAAUGUAUGCGACUGUUUUCAUGGUGCCCAUGGUACUUGUAUACGAAAAGGGCUCAUAUACCACUUUAAAUCUCUACCGGCUCAUGGAUGCCACUUCGCCGCUGAUCGAACGUCCCGAGGGACAACAGUUGCGUCUGGCCAUGAAAACCUUUCUCGGUAUAAGUAAAGACCAAAUCCUCAUAUUUCAUGGAGCCGAGCUGUUGCAUAUCACGCGCAACUUAAUAGCAGCGACAAUAACCUUUCUGUUCUCCUGUGUGGUCAUUAUGCAUGAGCUCCUCCUCCAUAGUAAAGCGGCUGCCGCAUGCAACCAUCAAAAUGCUCAAAAUACAUUAACAGUCGUUGCUGCAAAUGUUACUACUAUUUGUCAUUAG